CGCCGAGCGAAAUAUGAGUGGUCAAGAAAAGAAAAAAAUACAGCUUGGUAUCUAGCAAAAACAUACAAAAAUAAAGGGCUUUAAAAGGCAGCGGAAGACAUCGGUGAUAUUUCUGCAAGCCUGAUCCCCUUGAAGAGGAGAGAGGGCUUCCCAGCACUAAUGAAUAACUCCUUGGAUGGUACAGGCUCCUAUGAGGAGCUGGUGAGACAGAAAGCUCGAAGUGUCCCCCAACAUCGAAUGAAGGAGUUCUUGGAGUCCUUGGCAAACAAGGGUCCAGAUGCCCUACAGGAGUUCAGUCAGCAAGGGGGAGAUUCAACAACCACCACCACCACCAUGGUGUACCAACAAGAAGCCAACUGCAUCUACACAGACAGCACAGAGGUUGCAGGGUCACUGCUGGAACUAGCUUGCCCGGUUCAGGUGCAGGUUCAGCCCCAGCAACAACAGAUACAGGAGUCUACAGCUCAACAGCAGUCCAUACAACAAAAUUCAGAGCAACAGAUUGUGCAGGUUCAAAUCCAAGGUCAGCAGCAGGGUCAGAUGCUGGGUCAAGUACUUCAAGUGCCCUCUGGGUCUCAUCAACAACUACAGGGUGUGACUACUGCACAGCUCAUUCAAUCCGGGGAUCUUACUGAGGAGCAGCACCAACAACUGCAAGCUCAGUUAGUAGCGGCUGUGGCCGGAGGACAGCAGAUCCAGAUUCAGACAGUGGGGGCACUUUCUCCUACCCAGCAGCAGGACACUGCUGAGAGGAGAGUGCUUGGAACUACUGUUGCCACGUCCCAAGGAGCAGGGGUCCUUCAGCCAGCCAAGAAGCGUAAGGUGGACAUGCCCAUCACAGUGUCCUAUGCCCUGCCUGGGCAGCAGGUAGCCACUGUCCUAGCCAUCCCUCAGGGCCAGGGCCAACAGCAGAGCUAUGUGUCUCUGCGGCCAGACCUCUUAACUGUAGACAGUUCUCACCUUUACAGUGCCACAGGCACGAUUACCAGUCCCACAGGAGAGACUUGGACAAUCCCUGUCUAUUCUGCUCCUGCUGGGUCUGGUCGUGAACAGGUCACCCACAUUGCCAUCCCUCAGGAGGCCUAUGGAACGGUACAGGUCGCAGGGGCAAACACUACAACAAUGACCACAAUGCCAACUCAAGUCGCUGUUGAAAAUGACAAGCUGAAAAUGUCUGUUAGCCAAAGUCAGACAGCACAGGCUGUCUCCAGCAUAACGAGUUCUGGAGGGAUGGGCGGGCAGGAAGAAGUGGUGCAUACCCUGGCCACUAACACCCUGUUCCCUGCCCAGUUGAUGAAUGGAAACAUCCACAUCCCAGUGGCACUGCAGGGAUACCCCAACACUACCCAGUCCCUUAUCUGGGACCCCCAGCAGCAAGUGCUGCACACACAGGGGCUCUCUGGACAGGAUGCACAGCAGUUACAGGGCCAGACUGUGGCAGUAGCAGAAGUUGAUGGCCAAGGCCAGCACCAAGUUCAGGUACAGGAGCUGCUGUUACCUGCCUCGCUGAAGCCAGAGGAGGGCCUGGAGGUGUGGCGGCUCUGGGCUCAAAGGAAAAAUGCAGAGUUGGACAAAGAGGAGAAGAAUAAACUGGCUCCAAUUGGACGUCGUCAGGCAUUGCGUUUCCAGGAAGACUUGGUGUCAUGUGCAGUAGCUGAGCUCAGCAUGGCGCUUUCUCUGAUGACCCAGGAGGCCCGGGGUUUGGAAGGGGAGACUUACGAAGCUGAUGUUCUCUAUUAUGUAUUUUUAUGCAUACAAAAAUAUCUGUUUGAUAAUGGCCGUGUGGAUGAUGUCUUCUCUGAUCCAUACUACACCCGCUUCUCUCAGAGUUUGCACCAGAUACUAGAGCCAUGGAGGCCAUCAGUCCACCCAUUAGGUUAUGUCAUCCCCAGUCAUGUGACAGAAGAAAUGUUGUGGGAAUGCAAACAGCUAGGAGCCCAUUCCCCAUCUACACUACUCACAACUCUAAUGUUCUUUAACACCAAGUAUUUCCACCUGAAAACAGUUGAACAGCAUCUGAAAGUGGCCUUCUCUAAGGUGCUGAGACACACCAGAAAGAGUCCCAACAACCCCAAAGACAAGAGCACCAGCAUCCGAUACCUUAAGUCCACAGAAAGAUUUAUAGGGCAGAAAGUGACAGAUGACAUGUACUCGGAGCAGCUGGAGGAUCCAGAGAACCCUCUGCGCUGUCCCAUCAAGCUCUAUGACUUCUACCUCUUCAAAUGCCCACAGAGUGCUAAAGGCCGUAACGACACAUUCUACCUGACCCCUGAGCCCGUUGUCGCUCCAAACAGCCCCAUUUGGUAUUCUACACAGCCAAUCCCAAGAGAACAACUUGAGCAGAUGCUCGCACGUAUCCUCGUUGUCCGCGAAAUCCAUGAAGCCACCACCAUGUCAGUGACCUUGCACUAGCUUGGCUGUCGGAGAACAGCGAAUGGACUUGCCUCAUCCUUUCAUCUACUCUUUCUUCACCCAUCCUUCGCUCAUUAACAAUGGAUCUUUAUUCUCUCACGUCCUGUGCUUUUUAAGGUUGGCAUGUAUAUGGUUGUAUUUACCAUAAAUCUGCAUAUCUGGAAUACACUGUACAUACACAUACAGCAUAUAAAGAUGGCAGGGUUUGCCUCACAGAGGCAUAAUCUCUCAACCCCACAAUGACUUUUUUUUUUUUAUUAUUUUUGCCAAAGGAUGUAGUGUCUAACCUUUUUUAUUGGACCUGAACUAUAAAUGUUAUUGUUUAAACUGUUGGUUUACCUACCAAUAGUUCAUAAAUAAUUGUACAUUUUCCUUGCUUUUUUGUUUUAAUCUGUAAUAUAUGCGGUAUAUAAUUUCACUGAGGUUGGCUUGCUCCAUUCUGCAUUUCAUCUGUCCAACUUUGCUCUUUAUAUAAAUCUCUUUCUUGCUCUACUGCCCCCUCAUCUCUUCCUUUCAUAUUAUAUCACAGAGCAAUACCUCAGUGGUGUUUAGACUGCAAGAUACUGAGGAUAGGGCCACUCAGAUACUCGUGCCCUGAGCUGUGGGAGUUUUUUUUUUUUCCCUCCACUUUUCUUUGUAUCUUGACUUGUGUCAGUCUGGAGCUGCGCUGACAUAUGAACACAACGAACUGCGGAGAUUACUUGCUUAUAGUGAAUGGUGCUUGGGCUGUAGUGCCCCUCAUUGGAUUAGCUCAGAUCAGCAGCGUUGGAUAACAUAAGGACCUAAACCUCUGUUAUGGACUUCAUUGCCAUACGGUGUCGCCACUCGACCUGCAGGUACUUGCAGCUGCCACAUGGAGGACACCUGUCAGAGAGGCUUGAGAGGGCUGACUAUAGGCCGCGUCCUCAUCACCAACCCCCAGGACUCACCCUUAGAGGGAUCCAUUGUAUCAUAAAUGUUUAUUACAUGGCAAUUUAAAGACUCUUAAAAUGGGUUAGCCAUUAUUGUUGUAUAAUGUAUAAUACUCAUAGCUCCUUGUACUGUAAUGUUUCAGUCAUCCAAGGAGAAUGGCAGUGCCUGUGUGUUUUUGAAACAUGACCUUUUUGUACAGCCACUACACCUUUUUGUCUUUGCUUCUCUAGCGAGUCCGUUCUGCACUUGCAUUCCAAGGUAUCGGUAGCAUGUUCUAUCAUUACAUACAGUGCCUUCAGAAUGUAUUCACCCCUCUUGAACUCCUUUCACAUUUUGUUCCUAGUUCACCGCCAAAUUUUAAUGCAUUGAAAUAAUUUCUCCCUUCACUAAAUAAAUUCAAGCCUA